GAACGUCAAUGUCGUUUGUCAUUCGCGAAGCCUAUUCAUCGCAAACAAAAAUAGUGUUAAAGUGUAAAAAUCCCUCCGUACUUGCAAUGAAAUGUCGUUCCGAGGUCGAGUACUAGGGCUGGUGGAGGUAGUGUUACGAGUACCACCCCUAUUCGUCAUCGAUGAAAUCCUCAAAAUCGGAAUUUCGGGGUUUGGGGAGCUGCACGAACGCAUCCUCUCCCCAACAACAGUCUUUUAUGGGGUUCCAGACCCAGAAGACCAUGUUUUCGAAAAUACAACCACCACUAGUCAAUUUUACGACCCAAUGGUCUACGGAGUGGUGUUUGGGUACUUUCUCAGACUGUCCUUGUCAACCCUUGGAUGCGCGGCAGCAAUCGGAAUGUUCAUCCUGAGCACCAAGCACCUGAUGGUGGUGUACAUGUACCUUAUGUCCGUCGGCCUAGUUCUGACCUCCUAUUGGAGCAACGCAACAGCUGUGAAAACUGCUCUACAAGCAUCUGCAACGAACGCCACAUUGACGGCUAUACCGGACCUCCUCACCCUGAACUUCAGACGGCUCUUCCAUGAUAACUACUGGCUGGUGCGCCUAUUGCAGAACCACUUGUUGCAAACCACCAUGGCGAUCAUUUUCUUCAACAUCCAUCUGGGCCCGAGGCCUAAGCUUUUACAGAAGAUUCUACCUCUUUGCUUCAUCGUGCCGUCAAUUUUGGCAGCACUACCACUCCCUGCUGUGGUACUGAACUACAUGCCUGUGUUGGCUGCGAUUUUACCACUUCUGCUUGUUAAGUUUGUCUUGUUCUCGUCGAUAUUCCAGAUUAGUCAAUCGGUAUAUUCUGGGUACAUUCAAGCGAAGAAUUUUGUGACGAAUUUUGGGGUUUCGGCGCUGAUCGAGUUUGAGUGGUUGCGACUGAAUGUACCCGAGGUUCUAAGGACAUUUUGGACCUUGAGGGUGCUAGAGCGCAUCGCUAUAUUUUUUCUGUCUGGGUCUUGGUCUGUCGAGGACGGAAAUUCUCCAUACUUCAGGUUGAUCAAGUUCCUCAUGGUGACCGGUUGCGACACUCUAACUGCCGUACUGGGUAUCACCAGCGUGGUAUCGUAUGUUUGCAACUACAUAGGCAAGUUCUUCCAAUGGAUCUUGUUGACGGACGACGAAGACGAUAAGAACUUUGGCACCGUUUCCGCUAUAGUUUUCUACAUUUUGGCACUACAAACUGGCCUGACCGGCUUAGAGCCUGAAGUCCGAUUCGUGCGACUCUGCAGGAAUUUUUGCCUACUGUUCACUGCUCUACUUCAUUUCACGCAUAACGUGGUGAACCCACUUCUGAUGAGUCUGAGCGCCUCGCAUAAUCCGUCACUCAAAAGGCAUCUACAUGCUUUACUAGUCUGCGGAGUCCUAGUCGUCCUUCCAUUGAUCUUGAUGUAUUUCCUGUGGAAGACUCAAGAUACCUCCACGUGGCUGCUUGCCGUUACGGCCUUCAGUAUCGAAGUGAUAGUUAAAGUCUUCGUGUCUCUAUCGAUUUAUUCGCUGUUUCUUCUGGACGCGAGGCGGGAAUCAUUCUGGGAGAAGCUAGAUGAUUAUAUCUACUACAUCAGGGCAUUUGGAAACACCGUGGAAUUCUGCUUCGGCAUUUUCCUGUUCUUUAACGGCGCGUGGAUCCUGAUGUUCGAGAGCGGCAGUACCAUCCGUGCCGCGAUGAUGUGCAUCCACGCGUACUUCAACAUCUGGUGCGAUGCGAAAGCGGGCUGGUCGGUGUUCAUGAAACGCAGGCUGGCCGUGAACAAGAUCGAGAGUCUACCGGAAGCAGAGAAGGAGCAGCUGAGGAUACUGGACGAUGUGUGCGCCAUCUGUUAUCAGGAGAUGCAGACGGCGAAGAUCACUAGAUGCAAGCAUUUCUUCCACGGCGUUUGUCUGCGGAAGUGGCUGUACGUACAGGACAGGUGUCCGUUAUGCCACGAGAUACUGCACUGUAUGAACACCGACGAAAAAAGAAACGACGCGUCGAACAACGAACAACCGUUGAAUUUGCCAGACCCAAAUAACUACGAUAGGUGAUAGGUCUAAACGAUGGUGAUUUUUAGGAUAUAUAUUUCAUAUAUUUUUGUGUAUGGGAGUGUUUAUGCAUAGCAGCAACAGACCAAAAUGUGAGUUUUAUGGACUUUAUACAACUAUAUUUUUACUUAUAAAAGCGUGAUUUGUCAUUUUCGGUUUGAUUCUUUAAAUGCUAUGACACGCUAUUUUAUUUUUUCUGAUGCACGAUUUUCGAACUUUUAUUACGCAAUUAGUAAUAUUUCAAUGGAUCGACGCAAUGAUGAACUAUGUCUAGUCCAAUCGCAGAGUGUGAAAAGUCUCGCAACAAAAAUUAGUUGAUUGUAGCGAACACUUGGAAAAUCAUUUGAAAUUAUAUUAUCUGUAAAAUAGUCGAGGUCCUUUAAUUCUCCGAAUGCAGUUUAUAUCAAACUAAUAAAUAAAUCCGUUUAACUAGAGUUGCCUAUCGGCAGCUUGCAUCAAAAAGGUUUGGUUCUAGGUGAAAAGUAAGUGUUUUGUAAAAAUAUCUGUUGACAAUGAUAAUGUGUAUUGCUACCAGCAAUAAGUUGGCCAGUAGUUGUAGUAGUAGUAUAGUAGUAGUAGAGGUGGUGGGGAGAGGAAGCCUGGCAACCAUGCCAUCUAAAUAGGAUCCUUUUUGACUACCCUGUUUUACCAUUUGGUAGUGGUUUAUUCGUACACUGGUCAGAGGCUUGUCGGUGACUGUGUCUGGGAUCCGGCCGUGUGAAUUCCGUUUACACACCGAAAUAGCAUGACCGGAAUCCGAGUGGCCGGAUCUGGUACACGGUCACAGUCAGGUUGUCGACUGCUGUACGAUCAAAGCAUACACUUUAUUUCUAUAGCCAAUCGAAAGCGUAUCACAACGGUGACCUUCUUCAGUACAUUGACUUUUUAUGUGUACAAUGUAAAAUUACCGGGGUUGGACGCGUAUUGAUAUACCGCUCCAAAAAAUAAGAUAUACUCUCCCUCACCUCCUAUAACCCCACGAUGACCCCCAACCCCCGCUUUUGAAACCCUCCAAAUUUUUUUCUGAUAAUGAUCAGGAGCAUCUGGAACAUCCAAAAACGAAGUUUGGAUGUUAUUUUUUUUUUGUUUUUGCCCUUCACGUCGUCGCCGCUGGACCGAUUUUCAAAAUAUACAAGGAUUUUUUGGCCUUGGCAUAGUGGUUAUCUCGUGUGAAAAUUUCAUCAAAAUCCGAAUGGUCGUUUCCAAGUUGUAGAACCUCCCCACCAUCUUACAACCCGCAACCCCCUAAUUUUAACCCCUCUAAAAAAAUUCUUAGGAAGCUGUAAGAUUAGCGGACAGACCGACGGAAGUGAGUAACAUGGUUUUUCGUGAUGUACAGUAAUGGACAAAAGUAUAUAGACACAUUAAUAUUGUGCUGUAUUUCUUUUUUAACUUGUUUUAUUAAUAUACCAACCUGUAUACAUAAUUCGUUAUAGCAUAAUACUCACUUAUACAUAAAUAAAUUCAUUAGACUCGCUUCAAUAAAAAAUUAAUUGAAAAAACUGGAACUAUGAAGGACAAAAAUAUAUACACAAAACAAAAGAAAUAUAGAAAAAGGAAUUCAUUGAAUUAUAGAAAUAUGAUUGUGUUAAUAUUUUGUAGCGUAACUUUUGAUCUAAAGCGGCAAAAAGUUCAUCCUUGUUUGAAUAAUGUUUAUCUCGUAUUUGCUUAUCUAAGUAUUCCCAUAGAUUUUCAAUGGAGUUUAUAUCGGGAGACUGUGAAGGCCAUUUGAGAAUUGGUAUUUUUUCAUCCAGAAAGAAUUUCUUUGCCGGAUUUGAAGUGUGCUUCGGGUCAUUAUCUUGCUGGAAGAUUGAGCUUAAGGGCAUAUUGUCUUCCAUAUAGGAUAACAUGACAUGCUUUAGUAUGUCUGUGUAUACAAACUUAUCCAUAAUGCCAUCUAUUCUAUGUAAAGGUCCCAUCUCAAACCCCGAACAGCACCCCCAAACCAUAGCAGACCCGCCUCCAUGUUUGACAGUGGGCAAAGUACUUGGGGUUCAAUCUUUGUCCGCUAGGAGGUCUAACGUAAUGAACAUACUCUCUUCCAGUCACAGAUGCUCCAAUCAAGAUGUCAUAUAACAUUAAAAAAACGCAAUAUCUCAUUUUAGAUUUUUUUCGAAAUUACAGUACUUUCUCGCCAGUGUGGUUUGGUAAGUGAAAGGAAGUAUUUUUAUUUAUUAGUCUUUUCAGAGUCUUCUUAGUAGUAAUCUAGUACUUUAAUCAUAAAUAGAUUAUCUAAGGGCCGUAUUAUCAGUCGUACCAUGUCAGCGCUCUAUUUUGAGGUUAUAUUACAAAUAUCUAUUUGCAUCAAAUUAUUCAGGCUUUUUUUAUUCAUAUCAGCCUGAAAUUUUCUGCAAUUAGAAAAGAAAACAUAAAUUCACAAUAUGAGAGCGCUGACGCUAAUACGGAACCGUGGAAGUCUAGAAAUACCCCAGCCUUUCUGAAGGAGAGAAAAGACUAUGAAAAUCAAAAAGGCCAUGAAAGCGUCCUACGACUGACGACACGGCCCCAAUCUGUUUUAAAUAGAAAAUAUAUCAUGUUGGAGUUUCAUCGAUAUUUCCACGAUCGCUCAGUCUAUUUACAAGUGUUACAAGUUUUGGCACUUUUUGAUGUCGCCAUGACAACGGUGUUACUUUUCGUUUACAUAUCAUCGAUUACAAAAAUUGGCCCUAAGGUAACCGAUUGUUGGGUAAACCAGCUCCAACGAUGUUAAUUCCGAUGCCGAGAUUCGAACCCCCGCGACCUGUGGAGACGAUGACCAGCCGCCGUCACAGGAAAAUACUAGGCUUCCCAGUCCGUUUAAGUUAGCCAUAUCAUUACGUUUUGUGUUUGCAUUUGAAAUUACAAUAACAUAUAUCAGUAUGUUUGAAUUAAAUGACCUAUACCCCAUUCGUAGUCCAUUUACGCCCAGACAAAACAAAACAUGCCCAAAAGCGAGAUUGUACAGGUCCGUAUUUUCCUCAAUAGUCUUGGAAUAAUCUAUCAAGAUAAAUGAUUAUAUUUAUAGAAAGAAGUGCGCAUACUUUUCACAAUUCUUUAUUCGCUUUAAUUACUUGAAUCAUCGUCCGAGUGGUUAAUAUUAAUUAUUACAAGUUCGAUUUGAAUAUCGACCAUAUUGUCCAGAUCCCACAUAUUUGUUUCAAUUGUCUCUUGAACGUGACGGAUGCAAUCCUUCCAAUGGUUUGCCGUCACUGUUGACAGCUUCAAAAAACAAAUUUUUCACGUCAGAAAAUUUGAAAGUCCUAUUGUUUGAAGCCGCAUAGUUUUUUAUAUUUGCCCAAAUCAUUUCAAUGGGAUUAGGGAUAAGGCAGUAGCCUUCAAACGGUCUUAUUUUGGUUUUUAGCCAUUUCGUCAAUGAUAUUAAGAUUAUAUUUAUAUUUGUGCUGCCUGACUAGAUGUAUAAGUUCUGCUUUGACCAUAUUUUCAUUGAAACUAGUGACAUUGUGGGAAUUUUUUCUAGUGUUAUAGUGUGGUAUGCAGCAUUAUCAAGUACAAUGACGGAAUUGUCGUCCCAUACUUUAGGUUUUGUACGUCCUGCACUUAUCCACAUUUCAUCCAAGUAAUAAAUCUUCCUGCCCUGGUCGCGGUACUUCUUUAUUGAUUUUAAAUAAUUUCUUCUACAUAAAAUAAUCUCUUGGCGGUCCAUCAAAAUACUAUCUCUGUCAAGACUUCUAUACUCGAAGCUCUUUGAGUGAACUAAGUAUACAAAGUAGUCUUUUUGAAAGUAAGUAAGUCUUCAUCACUAUUAACCUCCUCUAAUACUUUAUCCAUUGGUGGAAGUUCCUGCAGUUUAAAAAAUUGUUGGACUUUGCGGCUGAUGGCAUUCCGAUCAAAGUUAUCAACUGUAUCCAACAGCCUCGUGUAAAGCAGCCUCUUGUGUGGUGGAGACAUUUUUUAUUUUUUUUAUAAUCUUCAACAAUACUGAAAAUUAUCUUAGGACAUAAGCCUGUGCCGCGCUGCAUGUUUGUUGUGCGUAAAUGGACUACGAAUAGGGUAUAAUACUGCACCUACUAAUGAUUGCUUUUUGGGAUGUUAUUAGGUUAUUAUAUUUGUACUGUGACCAGCUGACUGAUAGCAAAACAAGCACUUUAUGCUAUUUGACUGGUUGGUUUUAUUUUUUGCUUGCUUGCAACUGAUGAAACCUAGAUUUCAGUUUUACAGUCUAGUUUAUUUUGUUUGCCACUUGAAACUGUAAACUAGCAUUAGGCUAUCCACAUCGCGAUUGGGCUAGGGCCUUUCAGUUUCCGCCGUCUCGCCUCGUAACUGGUUUUGAAGAAAUUACGUUUCAUCAUGAUAAUAACCUCCAACGUUAGGAGGCACAUACUUUUUAAUGGGCUCGACUUAUUUUCCAUCUUUAGAUAGUAUAGUGUAAACGCUACAGUGAAUAUCCAUCUGUAUGCUGUAUAUUACAAGACAUAUCAGAAAUUGGGUAUCCAGAUCCAACCCAGAGUUGAAUAGAGAGCCAUCUUUUUAUUUCUUAUUGUUACCUAUAUGAUUACAGAUUUUACUUACUUUAUUUUGGUAGUGUCUUUUUGUCCAUCUUAAUCAAAUUGUUGAUGUAAGUAGAAACCUAGAUUAUACGUUUUUGCUGCCAAUCACUACAGUGCAGCUUACGCGCUCUUAUCAUGUGAAAAUUGCGACUCAGUUUAACAACAACUGUUGCUGUCAAACGCAAAAAUUUCUACUACGGUUGUUCAGCAGUUACGACUAGAUAACCUUCUAACUACAGAGACUGCGCGUCCCUGAAGUUGGUUGCAGAUUAGCUGGCCAUUCGUACUGGUUCUUUCGCGCGGAAGAUCCUGAGGCGUCUAAGAAAGGCAUGUGAAAUCAUUGGGUAGACGUUGCUAGGUGCUACACCAUAUGAGAAAACUGGAAGGGAUUUUAGGCUUUUUUCCACCUGGAGCGGCUGGUACUUACCAUAGAAAGACCGCGCCACGUUAAUGGGUCUCAAGUAUACAAGUACAAGUAACUAUUAUGUCAACCGUCGUAUUUUGUUCUGGUCAACAACGCGUUAUUUAGAAAUGUUCCUUCGUACACAAGCAAGAUUUUAACGCAAAGAUGUCACUUGCUGAUCAGCUCUUCACUUCAGUAGGUGUAAAAACGAAAUGGAUGGAAAAAUACUCUACUAAAUCUUAGGGGUCUAAGGAGACUAAAAAAAUAUAUGUAAAAGACAAACAAAAAUUCGGAUAUAUACGGUGAGGUUGAAAUUUGGCUAGCGUGCAAUAGGUACUAGUUAGAAAGAGUGUCCAGAAGGCUUGACCUCGUACUCGGCUUGCUAGGCAACGAGGUACACAUUACGACGUCAGUGGUAUUGGAUGACCAUUAAAACAAAACUAUAAAGGAAAAAACACGUAUGUUCUUUUAUUGGUAUCAAAUAUGUUACAAAGGCCUGAUAAUUGCGUUUCGAUCUUUCAAAUCGCAUACUUUUUAGCUAAUCAUAUUUUCUCCAAAUCCAGCAUUGUAUCUUCAAUUCUCGCCCAUAGCUACAGAAAAAUGUGCAUAGGUAUAUUUUUCUGUCGUUUUUCUCCAACAAGCAUGGGGUUUCAAAAACAGACCAUUCCAAAUGAUACGUCAAAUGAUACACAUAUUUCACACUUUCUAGAUAGCGAGAACUUAAAAAUGACCAUCACACAGAAAAGCUCGACAGUAUUGUUAUGUCGGCCUUUCCGCAAUUAAAUUCAUACCUAAGUUAUUUGUCUCGACCCGUUAGUAUCACCAUAGAUCCAUUUGUUUGUAUGUACCCAGCAACCAGAUAAACAUAAUAAGCUUCGGUGAUUCCUUUUCUAAUUACAUACCUCACUCAGCAUCAUUCGCUUGGCUGGAAAACUUAUUUACCGUCUCCUACAUGCUUGGCAAAAUUGUCAGCAGUGAGCCUCUCGCCGAGCGACUGUUUUAGUUGGUUCUGCCGUUCAUCUCAUCUACUGUAUUGGAUGAUCAGGAGUAUCUUCCUCAUCAAAACAAUACGCGUAGUUGGCAUAUUAUCUCUCUCUCUCUCUGGUAAGGUAAAUCGUCUGGAAAUAUAGUCGUGUAUGGGCAAUAACAAGAUUUUCCGCGGGAAAGAAUAUGUGUGUAUGGCCAGCUAUUCGCCAGCGACGCGGCGGUAUUCAGUGUAAUUGGCAAAGCAGUGCCAGAGAUGUGUGUGGGUUCAAAUCCCGCUGGUGCCAAAUUUCUACCAGUGUGUCAUGUUCUGAUGGAUGAAAAAUCUUUAAGCAAGAUUUGAUUGAGUUCACUUAUUAAUUUUUCAUUGAUAUGGGUUUAAGAUUUACGUAUUUAAUUUUUUUCUUGUAUAUUAUGUGAAGUAUAUAUUUUUCUGCUUGUAUGAAUGAGCCAGGGUGUUUGAAGAAUCUCACGAUUCCAAUUUUCUCUAUUUGUGGAGUCAAGCUAUAAGCCAGUGUUCCAAAAGUUGGGAUUUUUCUUUUCCGAAAUAACGACUCUUGUAUUAGCAAAGCUAGUGUGCUUUCAAUCAGUAGCGAUAAAAUAAAACAAAAAUUUGAACAAAAUACUCAAUUUGAUGAGAAAUCUCCGAUUCGAAAACAUUUACCAUAAACUUACAUCAUAUCUUAUAAAAUCAAACGUCAAAAAAAAAAUCAAAAUUUACGUUGUAGAUUCAUUAACAACUUAAGAAAAUAUGAUCAUAUCAGCUCAUAUUUCGAAUAGCUGAAUUGGUUGAAUAUUGCAAAAUUGUACAAUGUCUAUUGCGAAAGUAAAUAUAAAAAUUACCCCCUAAGGUAUUAGAAUCUGAAUCAAUCGAAAUUAAAGCAUGCUGAGUCAAAGGGCCUUAGCCUGAUUUCGAUGGAUGUCGGCUCUGAGAACCCCUAACAUCACAAACGUGUUUUUUUUCGAAAAUAGUUUUUUACGGUUGCAACUUUGCGCUAAAAAAGAUGAAAAAAAAAACUACUGUUGCUACAUUGGUAUAUCCUAUAUAACUUUAUUUUUUAUAGAUUUUUAGAACUUACAGGGUCGAGAAAAUAUUUUUUUUAAUUUUAUUUUCAAUUUUUUUGAUAGAUAAUGAGGAUUUUGCAAACAAAAAAUCCACUGUGUAUCAGUGCUUUCUUGGGUUAUUUUCGGAUCCACUAACAACAUGAUUAAAAUAUCAAAAAAUCGGAAACCGCACUUUCCAAUGUUAGACUUUUUCAGAAUUAAAUAUAAUAGCUUUGCUAACUCAAAAACUCAACAUAUAGAUUUUUUUCUAUUCUUCCUGGUUCCAGAAUCAAAACUUUCAUUUGUUUCCUGAAAAAUUGGAAAAAUAGGAAAAACCGCAUUUACGCUGUUUUUCUUUGGUUUUUGACGCUUUUGCUCAGGAAAUAGCUGGAUAACACAAUAACCCACUAUAUGGGUGCAUUACCUACGUUUUUUUUUCAAUUUUCAAUUGUGAAUCGUGGUCCGGAAAAUAGUGAAAAAGGAAAAACCGUGUUUUCCCUGAUUACGCUUCAAUUUCUGACAUACUUGGUCAGCAAAGAAUGCCAGGCUAAAUAAAAAAAGUACACAUAUGCGUGGAUUGAAUUGUUGUGUUAGCGAAGUUAUAAUUUCCUGAAAGUGGGAGGUUUUUCGAUUUCUGGCGAUUUUGUGGUCAAAAAUUCAAUAUUCUGUUAGUGGAAAAGAACGCUAAAGAGCACUGAUAUUCAGUGGAUUUUUCAGUUCGCGAAAUUUUCGUUACCUAACUAAAAAUUCGAAAAACAUUUAAAAAAAAAUCACCCACAAACCUAACAAAAAUGUAACAAUCCAGUAUCAGUAAUCUUUUCAAAAUUUUUUGAGCAAAAUUACACCCGUGAAAAAAUAUUUCCGAAAAAACACGUUUCUGAUGAUAGGGGCCCCUAUAGGCAACCUAUCAAUCUGAAAAUUUGUAUCAGAUGAUUUGGCCAUCAUUUUGCUCUCUCGAAACUCUACAGCUGUUGUUUGUUUUUUUCUAGAAUGUGCAGUUUCCAAAAUAUUCAGGUGGGGAGAUUAAAAUCUGACACUGUGUAUAAUAAAAAAAUUUCUCAAUUUGGAUCACUUCUUGGAUUCAUGUUGGUCUGUAGUUACUUAUAAUUCUAUUAUAUUUUGAUUAAUGUUUUUAUAAUUUGAAAAUAUUUUACUAAAGCUUUUUGAGGUUCACCAGUUCCGGCAACAUCGCUGAAUAAGAAAAAAAUGUUAUCCUUAAAUAACAGAGCUUCUUAUUUCCAUAACGGAGAACGAAGGACCGUCUUGCUACUAGUAAGACUCAGAAUAACGAAAAUCAUGUCCAAGGAACAAAAUAACUUUGCUAAAAAGUUCUAAUAAUUCCGGAAAGCAAGCAGUUUUUUUGUCUGAACCUAGUAUCUUGGUUAUCCUAGGUCUUUUGUGUAUGAAUACGCUCUGUUAAGGAAAGUGCCAACUUUGAGGACACUGUAUAAUAAAUCACCAAUAAAUUAUAUAUAAAAAUACAUUUGCAAAAAUAUAUACUAUAUUUUUACUGCUGUGAUACAUGUAUGGUUGCUUUCGAAAUAUUUAACAUGCGUAGAGGUAUACUGGAUUUCGAUAAUGACGAAAAAUGAGUAAUUUGAAAAAAUUGUAGGACAAAAAUAUGCUAGAUUUUUAGUGAUUAUUUUAUCUCUUGGCUUGCGGAUCAAUCAAUUUUGCAUGCUUUUUGAAAUACGAGUAGACUUCUAUUCAUUUCACGGUGGUAGAAAAUGUAUGCAGUACUACUACACUAUAUUUGUAUAACUCCCCAGUUUUGCAUUUGAGAUUACACAAAAUGUUAUUUUGAAUUGCAAAUGCUUUUUUGGAAGGUCCAGUAUACAAGCGUUAUGCAGGGUAUAAAAACGAGGUAGUUUUUGGUUUCAUGUAGUUACUACGUAAUUUAUUAUAAAAGAUAUGGAAGGUUAUAGCCAAUACAAUUGGAAGUCAAAUUGCAAGUAAGUAUUUAUCUAGUUUAUCAUUUCUGUUAAUCGUUAAUUCAAAAAUGUCUUCAAUAAUACUUUUGUAACUUACAUGUAAAAUCAAUAACAUCAGUAGUAAUCACUUUAAGAUGUUUUCUUCUUCAAAGACAUCCAUUAAAUUUAAAAGUAAUGUAGUUACUUAUCUUUAAGGGUACACAUAAGAUUUUGGUAAUUCUAGCACACUUUAGCUUGCAAAAAAUCAAAUUAUGUAUAAUUCGAAGAUAUAUUUUAUGAAGAAGACCUGUGCAUGUUGAAGAUUAUGUUAAUACUUAAAUAGUAAUUCAAAUCUGUUCUCAGUUGAGUUGAGCUUUAUCUAGUAUACCUAUUUUAGUAUACAAUAUGGCCAAACCGCUUUUUUUAAUCUCUUAAUACGUACUGGCUAGUGAUUAUGUUAACACUGAACGAAAUAGGAUAUGCUUUAUUUUUAGGAAAUCUCAGAAUUCUGUAUGUGCAUACAGCAAACCUUAGGAACGCAGGUUUACUUUUUCCUUUGUGUACCAUAGUGAAUUCUGAGGAAACCUAAUGCAUCCAUUAAACAGUAACAUACAAUAUAUAGAAGUAUUGCAGAAAAAUAUUUUUGAAAAAAUUAUUGUCUCUUUCUUUUAGAGCUGCCUAGCAAUAGCAUCGUUUUAUAAUACCUUUUUACUUUAGCACUUAAGAAAUAAUUUCUUUAUACACGCCACAUUUUUGGAAGUCAAUACUUUUAACUAAGACCACUCUAGUGUAUAUUUUUGUUAAAACUUCUAUUUAUACAGUCCUAAUUUUUGUAAAUAAACCAUGUACAGUUACAUAUGCUAUUAAUACAUUAUAAAUGUUAAGUGUAUUGUUUUUCAUUCAAUAAAUUUAAUGUGUAUUCUAUAUAGCACUUAUCUGUAUAGAUGUUGUUGGUAUAGAAUACAAUAAAACGUAUCCUAUGUUGAAGUACUGUUUUAUUUCAAUUAAAUAUAAGGUCUUUGUAAUUUGACAAUAGGUAGUAGUUGCUAACUCUACAAUUUGUCAGAGUUCUAACAACCGUCAUCCGAUCUGCACGCUCGAAAUUGGCUUUGGUUACUUCAUAGUAUC